AUGGUGGUGGGGGAGACUUCUUUGGAGGAGAAGGAGAUGAGUAGUGGUACGGUGGAGGGGGAGAUUUCUGUGGAGGAGGAGGAGAUGAGUAGUGGUAGGGAGGUGGUGGAGACUUCUUUGGAGGAGGAGGAGAUGAGUAGUGGUAUGGUGGAGGUGGAGACUUCUUUGGUGGAGGAGGUGAGGUGUAGUGGUAUGGUGGAGGAGGAGACUUCUUUGGAGGGGGUGGAGAUGUGUAGUGGUAUGGAGGUGGGGGAGACUUCUUUGGAGGUGGUGGGGAUGAGUAGUGGUAUGGAGGUGGGGGAGACUUCUUUGGAGGGGGUGGAGAUGUGUAGUGGUAUGGUGCAGGGGGAGACUUCUUUGGUGGAGGAGGUGAGGUGUAGUGGUAUGUUGGAGGUGGAGACUUCUUUGGGGGAGGUGGAGAUGUGUAGUGGUAUGGUGGAGGAGGAGACUUCUUUGGAGGGGGUGGAGAUGUGUAGUGGUACGGAGGUGGAGGAGACUUCUUUGGAGGUGGUGGGGAUGAGUAGUGGUACGGAGGUGGAGGAGACUUCUUUGGAGGUGGUGGGGAUGAGUAGUGGUACGGAGGAGGAGGUGGGGAUGUGUAGUGAUAGGGUGGAGGUGGGGACUUAUUUGGAGCAGGAGGGGAUGAGUAGUGGUAUGGUGGAGGUGGAGACUUCUUUGGAGGAGGUGGAGAUGAGUAGUGGUAUGGAGGUGGUGGAGACUCCUUUGGAGCAGGUGGUGAUUUGUGAUGGUGCGGUGGAUGCACUAAAUGCUUCGGUGGAGGUGGGGACUCGUGCUUGUGAUGCGGGUAUGUCGAAAAAUGUUUACGGUGGUGAGGUGGUGGUGGAGAAGCAUAGUUAUAAGGCUUGUCAGCAACCACAAUUGUGGCUACAAUGCAAAAUGCUAUAG